GUCUCCAACACUUUUGCACCCUGACGCAUCGAUCGACCUCCUUUCCUCCCAUAUCAUGGCUUCAUGUGCGGAGGUGCAACAGAUGGCCAGCAGCGGUGCCUGUAAACGAUCUGUAUAUGUGCAAAAUGACGCAGACACGCCCGGCAGAGGAGCCGGCAGAAGUUUCGGGUGCCAGUAAACGCGCGCGGACCGCGGGAUCGAAAGCGCAUGACGUGACGGAGGAGGAGGCCGCGCUAUAUGAUCGUCAAAUCAGGCUUUGGGGCCUAGAGGCGCAAAGUCGCAUUCGAAAAGCGCACGUCUUAGUGCAAAAUAUCCAAGGCCUCGCAACAGAGGCAAUCAAGAACAUCGUUCUGAGUGGCAUCGGCAGUCUGACGAUCGUCGAUGCAAACGAGGUCGCAGAGGAGGACCUGAGUAGCGGCUUCUUCUAUCGAGGAAAUGAUGUGGGGAAGCUGAGAGUUGACGCUGCCGCGGCGAGGAUCCAAAAUCUGAACCCCCUUGUCAAGAUCAACACUCUGUCAGAUGCAAGCGUGCUCAAGAACAAGGAGAAGCUUCGCGCGAUGGCCCUCGAUGUAAUUGUUGCUACAUCUGGCAACAAGGAGGAAUUGGUUGCACUGAACAAGAUCUGCCGCGAGCUAUCCCUGAAAUUCUAUGUAUCUCAAGCGCAAGGGCUAGGAGGAUGGCUCUUUUCCGAUCUCGGUGACUCGGCGGAGUACGUCGUGGAGCGCUCGGCUAAUACAGGGGGGCAAGCCGCGGCGGGCCCGCCCGUAAAGAAGAAGUUCAAAUAUUCGCAGCGAUUUGUGCCGCUCAACGAGGCACUCGCAAAGGAGUGGAAGGGCAUGAAUGAGCGCAAGCUGAAGAGACUCAAGCUAAGUGCGGGCUUUUUUGGUACGCUUGCGCUAUGGGAAACCCCGGAAGCAUCGCCGUCCGAGCUCCGAAAGCGAGCAGAGGUGAUCAUGGAGGCCAAGGGCGUCGAUCCAUCCGUCGCCGACGGCGUAAAUGACGAAUUCUAUCAGUCACUUCAUGUCGCAGUAUCAUCCUCAUCGACGGCUUCGGCGAGCGACGGCGGCGGUGGAGGCAUCGGCGACUUUGCACCGACGACUGCCGUCCUUGGCGGCCUUUUGGGUCAGGCGGUACUAAACGGGCUGGGUGGACGGGAAGAGCCAAUCGUUAAUUGGCUACAGCUUGACAGUCUCGCAGGGCAAGCUACAAUCCAUAACCUUGGCGCUGGAGAGCCUAAACUUGUAGUAUAAGUGAAUGGUAGCAUCUGAUGAUAUCCUGAUAUCAG